GAAACCAAACAAACUGGAGACAAGUAUUAUUGCAGAAGACACAAAGCAUUGCUGAAGAUGAUACCUGUGAGGAGAAAAUAGAAACUACCUUGGUUACAGAAUCAGAAUUACAGCCUCAUGGCACCAAUGAACAUGCGAUAAGUACGUUGAAAAAUGUUGAACGGAGUGAUGCUGCAGUUGUAUCUCAGUCCAGUGAAGAGCACAAGGACAUAGUUCAGGAAGAAGUUCAAGAACCUGUUCUAUUACCGGAAAGUGAAGAGGAACUGGCCAAAGAACAGCAAAAACUGAACCAACAAGAAUAUGUUAUGAGGUUGGUGCAAAACUCGCCAAAAGACCUAGAGGACAACACAAAUAAAAUAAACAUAUCGGUGUGGGACUUUGCUGGGCAGUAUGCUUUUUACAAUACCCAUCAGGUGUUCCUGACAAGGAGGGCAAUAUACCUCAUUGUCACAAAUAUGUCUAAAGAUCUAACAGAUGAAGUCAAUGAUACAUGUUUCGAGGAUUCAACAGGUGGACGGAAGUUAAAAGUUCUUGACUUUGCAAGGUUUUGGCUUAAUUCCAUACACGAGUUUUGUCAGACAGGGAAAGAAGGCGAGCCACCAGUUCUGCUUGUUGGAACAUUUGCUGAUGAGUAUUCAAAAAGACAAAACAUUGAUGAAACAAAUUACCAGUUAAGGAAAAACGACUUGGAGGAAACUUAUUUUGACCCACUGAGGACAGCGUUGGGUGAUGGUGCAGCCGAAAACCACAUUUUAAAGCAUUUCAUGAUUGACAACAACUGUACCGUAGACAAAACGUCUAGUCAAUUUGAAGAGCUUAAAAAGGAAAUUUUGAAAAUUUCUAAAAAGCAAAGCUAUGUUGGUGACCUUAUACCUACAAAGUUUUUGCUGUUGGAGGAAGCCCUUAAUAAGAAGAGAAAAGAGGGAAAAAAGAUAUUAAAUAAAGAGGUGGACUUCUCAAAGUGCAACGAAGAAUCACUUUUCAAACUAGAUGAAAAAGAGGUGGAUGUGUUCUUGAGAUUUUAUCAUGAAGUUGGGAGUAUUAUAUACUUCAAUGAAAACACUUUGAAAGACUAUGUUCUGCUAGAGCCUCAAUGGUUGAUUGAUGCCUUCAAAAAAUUAAUUACAGCAGAACAGUUUAUGCGAAAUACCGAUCAAAAAAAAUUCAUAAGAUGGAAGAAGUUUGCUAAAACAGCAAUACUGGAAAAAGACUUAAUUGACAUGUGUUGGAAAGAUAUGGUGAUGUCAGAUCGAACACUAUUGUUAGAAUAUAUGGAAAAGCUUGGAUUGAUCGUCAAAGACAGAAAGGUAAAUAGAAUUUUUGUUUUCUCUACAUAGAUAUAUAUUUUAAUAGAAUAUUUGCUGAAAACAGUUUUCUUGGAAUCCUACAGUCCUAGACUGACGAUUUUGUAAAUUUUGGUUUUAAAUGGCAUAAAAACGCUUGUGAACACUCUAAGAGGCCACAGUUGUGACCCAUUAUUUAUUAAACUUUGCCAGAAUGUUUGCCUUGAUGAUCUCUAAAUUAAUUUGGAAACUGGGUCAUGUGGGGUCAAAAACUAGGUCAGUAGGCCAGAUCAAAGGAAAAGCUUGUGAACACUAUAGGCCACAGUUGUUACCCAAUAUUUAUAGAACUUUGUCUUGAUGAUGUCUAGGUCAAGUUCGAAAGUGGGUCAUGUGGUGUCAAAAACUAGGUCAGUAGGCCAGAUCAAAGGAAAAGCUUGUGAACACUCUACAGGCCACAGUUGUGACUCAAUCUUUAUGAAACUUGGUCAAAUAUUUGUCUUGAUGAUCUAUAGGUCAAGUUUGAAUCUGGGUCAUGUGGGGUCAA